UGUUGCCCCGACUGUUUCAUUCUUUUAAUCAGCCCUCAGAGAUUCGGUGAGAGACUUGUCGAAGGUGGGCUAUUAAAUAGUCGGGGCAAAAGUGGUCGUGGGGGUCUUAGUACCUCGUUACGUCGCAAGAGAUGGGAACCCACAAGAUUUACAGAAAAAAUGAUCCGUUUCGUUCUUUUUACGUUUCACAGCAGGUGUUAGCUAGCCACUUGUUCAUCUCCAUAAUAUGGAGAGGUUGCUACUAGCCCCGGCGGUAGUUCAAUCGACGACGGAGAACAACACCGGCUUCGUACAACAACAACAACAACAACAACAACAGCAUUCGUCAGGUAGCAGCAGCGCAAGCGGUAGCAGUCUGGUGGAGUACCUCACGAGUGGACGUUCGUCGCUGGACUCGAACGGAGUCGUGCGCGACGGCAUGAUGAUCGGUGGUAGCCUUGCGACCGCGCAAUCCGUCGCCGGAAUGGCCGGCACCAACGGGGAAGAGGACGACGACAACGACGUCCUGCUCGGAGUCGGUGCUCAUCACGCGCCUUCUUAUUACGAUCAGAAUUUAGUGGUGGCCUCAGCUUCGGCCGUCCUUCUGCACCAUCAGCAACCACAGCCGGCCGUCAGUGACCUCGUAAACUCCAUGCAACAUCACGACUGUGACAACGACGAAGACGAUGACGACGCAGAGGGGAACAUCGACAACGGUGGCGACUUCGCUUGGAUGAAGGACAAGAAAGUGGUCCGCAAAAACAAUCAAUUGAACGAAGGCCUGCCGCGGCGACUCCGAACGGCAUACACCAACACACAACUGUUGGAGCUCGAAAAAGAAUUUCACUUCAACAAAUAUUUAUGCCGACCCCGUCGGAUCGAGAUCGCCGCCUCGCUGGAUCUGACCGAACGUCAAGUUAAAGUCUGGUUUCAAAACAGACGAAUGAAACACAAAAGACAAGCGCUGGCCAAGAAAGACGACGACGGAUCAGGUGGCGGGAGCGGAGGACUCGGCAUUUUGGACAAGGUGUCAGGUAAAGAGAAAAAGAGCAAAAAACGCGAUUCGAUGCUGGCCUGCCUCAACACCAGCGACAACAGCAACGCAAUGAUGGGCGGAAUGAGGGCCACAAGCUCGUCUCCAAUCACAACCACGCCCGAUUCGUUUGCCAGCAGCGGCAGCAGUCCAGCAGAGGCCGACCGACGCAAAGAAAAAUUGAGUUGUCAACAAGCAAACAACAACAAGCUGGGCAACAUCCGCCACGUCGAUUCGUCUUCGCAACACAGUGACGAAUCUGCUGUCGGUUCGUCCUCCCUCUCCGUUCCGCAUCACCAGCAAUGCUUCAGCAAUUAUUGCAAACCGGCGCUGGACGGCCAGCAGCAGCAGCAGAGUCCGUCUAUAAGCACGACCAUCUCGCCCAGCAGUCGCAGUUCCAGCGGAAGCCAACACAAUUCACCUCAUCCGCCCAUCAAAGUAAAAAACGCCGCAACCGACUCAUCAGCUCCUCCUGCCAGGAACAAUGGCGCCCAGGUAGUGGUGGUCGCCCAAUCGUGCUGGCCAGCCGUUCAAAGCAAUCCGACGCCUAACAGUUCGCAUUUCAACGUGGAGGCGACACCUUUCUCGAACGACAUCAAGCCUACCAAUUUCAACAGCCUAACGACCCCAUAUCCAGUGCAACAACAAUAUCGGCCGGCCAACAACAGGCCGCAAAGUACAUACGGUAAUUUCAACAACAAUUAUUCCGCAGGACACGAACUUCAGACACAGCAACAUCCGUACAACAACCAACAGCAGCCGCAGCCAGAUCAUUCAACAUCGUCCUACGCUAACAGCCACUACGAUUUCAAACCACCUGUCAAUCAUAGUUACACGACAAGUUAUUCGUCUCCAGAAUUGAAUCCUUCAACACGAGCGCAGCCUAUACAGAAUUCGUGCAUGUCCCCGAGAAUGGGCUUGGUUCCUCAACAGCAAUCCAUCAAAAGCCAAACGGGCCUUGUCAAAACGGCCAGUAAUUUCCACAACGGCGUUGGCAUUGGCUGUCAACAAAUGGACCAAUUCAACCACUUUAAUGGGACGGGGCAACAACAACCAUCUUUAAUGAACAGCAACAGUACGGGCACUUAUUAUCCGGCAAAAACGCUCAACACGAUUGGGGCAACAAAAACGCUAGAAGCCAACAGUUCGUACAACAAUUUCAGCAAUUAUUCCAUGCCGAUGGACGCGCACAAAAUCCAUCCGCUCGGCGAUCAGCAACAGGCCAAUGUCAAUAAGUGCGUUACUUAUCCGGCCGAUCCGGCUGCCUGUCCCACGUCGUAUUUCUCGCCAGGGGGUGGGCCAGUAUCGUCCAAUGGCUGGAACAACAAUUACGGCGGUCACGCUAAUCAAACGGUGCCCGUCAUUCACAAAUUCACGGGUAAUUUAGCUACGAGCAAGAAAGCUGCCGAAGACGAUCGAGUCCAGCAUCACCACAACGGCGCUCCCAUGACAACUAACUCUUCUUACAUGUACCACCACAGCCAGCAACAACAUUCAGGGACCAAAAGUCUCAUUCCCGGUGAGGUUAGCAUGAGCCAAUCCGUUGGAAUCCAUCAGCCAAUUCACUCGAAUCAACCUGUAGCGACUAACAAUUCAAGCAGUGGCCUAAACGGAAAUCUUCCCCAUUACAACAACACGUACGUUAGUAAUCCUCACGGUGGCGAAGCGACGCAUACAACGGGAGGGCAACAGAUCUGCGACUCGUCCGACUUUAACUUUUUAUCAAAUUUGACAGGCGACAUUAGCGAAUAUUACGAACUCACGUGAAAUUUUUUUUUUUUUUUUUACCACAAAUUUUGCAUUGCCCUCUUUCCCACGCAAUAAUUCAAUCUCAAUCACCCCAGUUAAACAUCUGUAAAUAGUUUACUAUUAUGUGUUCAAUCGAUUCUUUUUUUUUUUUUUGCAACAAAAAUUGAUGCUACAUCACUAACACGCCUCAUUUAAAACUAACACGAAAUAUGUUAACACAAAUGAACAUACGCUAAAAUUCCAAAAUCGUUCCAGGACUAAAUAACCUGUGAUUGUUCUGUUUUCGUUUGUUAUUAUUGUUUGUCCGUCUAUUCACGAAAAUACAUUCGAUUCUUUUCGCCAUUUAA